AUGGUUUCCAUCUCAGAAGUCAGGGCAUCUAAUACCCGAAUCACAGCAGAUACAGUGCCACAUACAGCUGUGUUUACUGGAGCCACUGAUGGAAUCGGAAAAGCGAGCCUCACUCGCCUGAUUGCUACGAAAUUGCCAGUCAAAGUUUAUGUCAUCGGCCGCAAUGGCGAGAAGCAUAAAGCUUUUCUGGAUGAGCUCCGGGGAUUUAACAAGCAGGCAAACAUCAUCUGGCUCGAAGGUCAACUCUCACUUCUCGCGGAUACUAAGAGACUUUGCGACGAAAUCAAGGCGCGCGAGAAGUGCAUUGACACCUUGUACAUGAGCGCAGGAUUCAUUUCUGGAGAACGGCUCGAAACAUCCGAGGGCAACGCACUCUCGCAGUCCCUGACUUACUAUAGCCGAGUGUUGAUGAUGAUGCAACUUCUGCCCUUGCUCAAGGCGUCGCCGAACAACCCACGCGUCGUCAGUGUUCUCAACGCGGGCAACGAAACUACUUCCAUCUUCCUCGACGAUCUCAACCUGAAGAAGCCUGGCAACUACACUCUUGUCAAUCUCGCAAAAUCGACAUCGACCUACACCACGUUGACAAUGUCGAAAAUAGCAAAGGAAAAUCCCGGCGUCACUUUCAUUCACCAUUAUCCCGGCGGUGUUAGCACAGACCUCUUUAAGAAGGUCUGGGGCAACAAGUGGUACUGGCCGCUGUUCGGUCUAGCGCUCUCUAUCCUCGGGACCUCGCCAGAGGACGCUGCAGAGAAGAUCCUGUAUAUGAUCACCAGCGCCAAAUACGGCGGGAAGGGCGUUGCAUUGGCUGCGGGCCAGAGUCCAGGGCUGACCAUGGCAAAAACGAAGCAGGCAGACUCGCUGUUUGCUAUCAAUGACAAGCUCAAAGAGCUGCAACAGGAGAAGGUCAUGGCGCAGCUAAAGGCAAUGAAUGCAGGGGACAUUAUCUGGCGCAAGACGAUGGACACAAUCGAGCCAUAUGCCGGUUCUUUGCGACUUACCGCCUCUCCCGGUUUGACUCCACUCGAGCGGACUUCGGCCAUCCAAGUCCGUUAUCAGAACAGAGUCCGUUCCGGCCACGGACAAAAGACCGUUCGCCUUCUCGCUCGUAAUCAGAUCAUUACAACUCGGUGUAAAAGCUCUACCUGCAAUGGAGAGACGAGGCCCAACCCCGGGCUCCGGCUCGUACGGCAAGGCUUGCAGACAGUGCUCCAAGGCAAAGUGCCGAUGCGUGGCUCGCCCCGACGGUGCCGGUUGCGAAAGCCGCCCGACACGGUUCGCAGGCGAACCCUGCGGGACGUCGAGUCGGGCGCGAAGAUUGCGAAGCUCGAGGGCAGAAUUGAUACCCUCACGACGAUGAUCCAAUCCAUCGCUAAUGGAACUACUGGUUUACAGAUUAACCCAAAUGAAUCCCUAAUCACAACGAGCGGCAGCACUAGCAAGUCGACUAGCACUUACUCUGAUAGCGAGGUGGCGCCACCCCUGUAUGAUCUGGCACUGGAUGAAGCUGCGUGGUAUCUAGACCGUUUCGUAACUCAUAUGCUUCCUUGUUUCCCGUUCAUCUGGCUUUCUCCCGGUACCACAAUACAACAAUUGCGCUGGGAGCGGCCUUUUCUCGCCGAGGCGAUCACCGCGGUAGCUACGCCAUCGAUGCAAGAGAAACUGGCUCGCACUGAAAGACUUAAAUUCCACCUGACUAGAUCGGCUGUGCUUGAAAAUCAGUCGAGCAUUGACAUGCUGCUGGCCAUACUAACUUAUGUUGCAUGGAGCACUGAUCCUUUCAUUCAACGGGGAAGCAACUUGUCUCGCAUGAUAAUGCUGGCCAUGUCCCUGGUCUAUGAUCUACAGUCGAGCAAGCCGCCACCACCAGACGCGCACGUAAUAGCGAAAAUGACCCCAGGGCUUGGCCACCCCGAGCGCAAUCCAAGCGACAGUUCAGCUCGGGGUUUCAUAGAGCAGCAACGAGCGGUCUUGGCAUGCUUUCUUCUCAGCUCCAUUAUAUCGUCUUCUUUUGGAAGCAUAGUUGCUUUACGGUGGAAUUCGAAGAUGGAAGAAGCGCUUAAGUCUAUUGAGACGAACGAAGGAUGCCCAUCAGACGAAAGUUUUGCGAUUCAAGUACGCCUGCAGGUGCUGUCACAGAAGGCACUAAACAUUCGGGAACCGCAAGAAGUAGACGAAACUACGCCUUUCGCAACUUCCAUGUACGUCAAGGUGUUACAAACGCAGCUUAAGGAGCUCAGAGCCUCGUUUUCGCCGCGUCUCCAGCGACGAGAUGUGCUCACCGCAUACGCUCACUACGUCGAACUCUGUAUAAAUGAGGUGACCCGUCUGGCUUGUUCGGAGGCUCCUCUCCUUUCCGAGCCAGGGAUCGGCGACGAGCCAAAUGGCUCUAUGGCUGGGUUUGAACGCAUCGAGUGCCUAUGGCGCUCCCUAUACGCUGUAAAGUCGUGGUUGGAUGUCUUCUAUAUGAUCCCGCCCGCCGCAUACAUGGGAUUUCCCUUUUUCUGCUGGUUCCAGCUUGUACGGUGCAUCGUAAUCUUGAAACACCUGUCGACGUUCGACGAUCCGGCGUGGGACUGUGAGGCUGUGCGAAAAACGGUUGAUAUGCACAUGAUACUAAAUUGGAUGGCUGAAAAAGCCGAAUUGGCCAGCCGGGAGGCUGGUGAACAGUCGGACGACGAUCUAUUCCGACGUGUCUGUAAGAUGUUGCGCCUGUCUCAGAGGUGGGUGGUUGCGAAACAGAGGGCCGCAAGCCAGAAAGAACAAGAACCCCCCUCGCUUUAUAGUGAUGCACCCGAAUUAGCCCCCGCUGGAGAGGACAUGAUGGAUCCGAGUGAGAUGGCAUGGAUGAAUGCUCUGGAAACUGGAGACGGGGCGUGGCUCGAGGAAGUUCUAGGCUGGUCUCCGGUAAUAGUUUAG